AUGGCCCCGCCGCCCGACGCGCUGCGCGCCGCGCUGGCCGCCGCGGCCAGCGCCCCCAAGGCGGAGCUCCUCUGCCGGCCGCGGCCGCCGGGCAGCGACGCGGCCGCGGUGCGCCUUGGUCUGGCCGAGCUGGCCGGCGCGGCGGCGGCGGAGAGCCCAGCGGCGCCGCCAGCGGAGCCCGCGGGCGCUGCGCGCGGCGUGGGGGCGCUGCUGGAUCAGUGGCGCGCGGGUUGGGUGCCGGCCGGCCCGCAGCUGCCCGGCCUGCGGGGCUUGGACUGGGAGGCCGUGGCCGGGAGGGCGCCCGACGUGGUCCUGAGCCGUCCGCCGCGGGAGGGCGAGGCGGCCGAUGGCCGGGGCGGCGGCGGCGGGACGAUCUGGGGCUACCACGGGGCCCCCUUCGAGAACGUCUGGUCGCUGCUGGGCUUCGGCUUCGUGAGCGCAGCGCUGCCCGGGCAGUCGCUGGGCCGCACCGGCGAGGACAGGCAGCUGUUCGGCCAGGGCGUCUACCUGAGCCAGGAGCCCGCGCUGGCCUACUCGUACGCCAGGAAGAGCGGCUGGCUGCCGCACGGGCUGGGGCGCUGGCGGUGCCUGCUCGUGGCAGAGGUGGCGAUGGGCCCGCUGGUGAAGCUUGGCGGCGCGGGGCCGUCCUCCGGGCUGGGCGCGGGCACUGCGCCAGAGGGCUACAUCUCGGAGUGUUGCCUCAAGGCGUCCCUGGCCCAAGAGGUCCCCAGCCUUUUGCUCCGCCUUGGAGCCCCCGUGGGGCCCUCCAUGGGCCUCGUGAGGGAAUCUCACAGAGGCCCUCUGGGACACCCUCGGGGGCACCUCGGGGCCAGGGGCCGUUCUGUCAACACCCGGGCAUCAUCGCGGAGAGCCCGAAUGCCGUGA